UUUUUGACUACCUUUUCAUUUUAUUUUAAUAUCCGCCAGUGCUAAAUUAGGACAAAAAAUCAAACAGAUCGAGUCCAGACACCACGAGGCUUGUCGCCACAACGGGAAUUGGCGCAGUAUUCUAAAACAUUAUAGUUCAGAAGCUCUUGCAUCAGGUGCUCGUCCUACAAAAGCAACAAUUCCAGUCCUCUGUAGGGCCAGAAAUUCUGAAUUUUCCCUUUUCGAAGAAUCCGCCCCCCGGAAAUUGAUCUGGGUAUCAUAGUGAGAUUAAAUUGGUUGUAUGAUCAAUUCCUACGCGGCGCAUGCAGACUUUCACAACAUCCUUACCCAUCCCUCCAUACAUACUACUUGCAGACCUCCAGCGAAAAGAGAUAUAUCACUCCUUCCUUCCUGCCCGAGGGAUUUCUUUACCGAUUCCAUAGCCUUCGUCCUGCAGCAUUUUGUCAUUACAAGCGCUUUGCAUUGCAGAGAGUUGCCCCCCUUACCUGGAAAAUUCCUUUGAAUGUUCUGUUGCGGAACGUCGCAUUGAUUCAGUGUUGUGGUGAGUUGAGCUCUUUUCUUUUACUUUUUUUCAUUUUCUGUUUAUUUUUAAAAUUUCCUUAUUUUCCCUGAGUUUCUUUCCGAUUAUGGAAGUUUUCUUCCCCCUUUCGUAGGGGGUUUCCUUUCUUUUUCUAGUCCACAUUCCUCGAAUGUGUCAUGUCUGGAAGGAAUGGAAGGUUCGGCAGCACGUAGUGUGGCAUAACGAUAGACAAACAUCACAUCCAGAGACGAGAUUGAGAAACAGACGCCAGACUCCACUUGGAAUCGAUAACGAUUUUUUAUAUUCUUUAUUAUUCUUUAUUAUUUUUAUUUUUAUUUUUUUUAUUUUUUCACUUUUCAAUGUUCCCUACACCAUCACCAUAACUACGACAUGAGAUGUUGUGUUGCAAGUUGCGAUUCGCAAGGGGAUCCACCUUUUUUCCUUUUUUUUUUUCCAUUUUCCUUUU